GCUAGUUUAGGCUAUGUUAUAACUUUUUUGUUUCGCCAGUCUCGUGACGAUCAUGAAUUUUUGUCCAAUGGCAAUUUUCCUUUCAGAGAUAGCCUAGCCCACGGGUCUCUGACUGACUGACAUGUGACAUGUGAUACUGACUACUGACUACUGCUUUGUUUACAUCCAGCAACUCAGUGGUCAGCUGUACUUUCUUCGAAGAAAAAUCGAUAUCUCCAUUGACCAUUGUAUUUGAUUUGGAACCAGCCAUUUGAUUUCAUCUAGAUUUUUAGGUACCUUUGCUAGAUCUACACUUUAGACUAAAGUAGAAAGGUGCUCUUGCAGCAACAGUCCAAACAGCACAAUGGCAGAUGACAAGACAGGUCUUUUGAGUGGGUCAAGGCCUUCUCCCCCCCCUGCACCAUCCAGUGGCAGUAGUGUUGCUGCUACAAACAUCACCACUGGUGCUGUGUACCAUGAUAGCACCCAGUCACCAACUGCUAGGUUGCUGCAAUUGGUGUUUGUGGCUCUUGUGGUUGUCAUGGUCUUGGUUACAUUGUCACUCUCUGUGUACAGAGGACUAGACGUAGACACCGACGGGAGUGCAUAUUUCCUCCAGGGGGUCAGUCUAAUUGGCUUUGUUGUCAUCGAAGUGAUGAUGAUAAUUUUCACAAGAAGAGGUGAUCUCCCGAAAGGAAAGUCCUGGUUUCUAUAUCUAGUUGGCUUUUGUGUUAUGCUGGAAGCAAUAUUUACCGAUGUAUUGCUGUUCCAAUAGUUCGUUCUCUUGGGUUCAUUUACCAGGAAAUGAUCAUUUAUUUCAAUAUGAUGUUUAACAGAAGGGUAGUUUUGAAUGUGUGUUAAGCUUACAUUAAUUUUUGGGUGCCUCAAGGAGAAAGGCGGCAAGUGACACACAGAAAUUUGUCGUUUAGAAUGUAAGCCUACCCACCUUGGGCUGAAAGUGGCCAAUCAAACUGAUUUCCAUUGGCCCAUCAAGGACUGCAGUUACUGCUUGCAUUUCUACUCCAUUGUCAAAAAGUGAUAAGAGCUGCCAUAUUUUUUCCAAUGUCUUUUAUGUACCAUAUCAGUUAAGUCUCUAUUAAAGGUCAAGCUUUCAAAAUGACGUAUUUGGCUGUCACUCCCAUGGGAACCCAGCCUGACCCAAAAAAUUCUUUAGAUAUGUUUUCAGAACUCCAGUUGAAUGGUCUCUUCGAAUACCUGGCAAAAUCACAUGUGGUCCUCAGCCUUAAAACUUUGUACAACCCUUUUUUUUUAAUGGAUAGCUUUCUUUACUGUAAAUUGGCUUCACUUUUUUGUGAUACAUAUUGUGCAUGUCUGUACCUAAUUGAUUUUUUUUUUACACAUGCCUUGUAGAUGUUUUAAGAAAGAGAAGGGUAUGCAUCAAUUGAUUCUUUAGUGUCGUAUUAUGUGAGGGAUUUUAGAUUGCCUGAGAACUUUGUUUCAAGUUGUUUUCCCAGUUGAUAAAGCAUUUCUUCUCGUGUCAUGUUCUGGGUAGUUCCCAGAAAUUUUUCAUAACCAUAAUUUGUUUUUGUUUUUUUGUUUUUAAUUUUUUUUUUUUUUUACUUAAAAUGUUGCAAUAUGUUUGUAUUGAUUGCUGCUAUGCUUUUUGUUUUCUUUUAGUAAAAUUUUGUCAAAGGAAAA